CUCCUUCACUCACCAUCUAGCUACUCGUAUUCGUACCAACGACCACAGAGAUGGAGGCAAUGCGCCAGCGAUUCAUGGCCGAAAUGCCACCCUGGGUCAAGCACGACAAAUUUGGAGACAUCGACGGUUACCCAGUAGGCUCUCACUGGGAUACCAGGAAAGAAUGCGCAGAAGCCGGUGUGCAUACCCAGAAUACCGCUGGAAUAGUAGGUAGUGCUACUGAGGGUGCUGCUUCGGUAUGCACCUCCAAAUACUACGGUGACGAAGAUCAUGGAGAUGUUCUAAUCUACGUUGGCACCGGAGGACAGCGAAGUGAAUUUGGCAUACCCACUGGAGAACAAAUUGAAGAUCAGUCCUUUGACCACCCCAGCAACGCAGCACUCGUACGGUCUAAAGAGAUCCGCAACGCAGUGAGAGUGAUCCGUGGACCUGGCAAGUCUAUCUAUGCUCCCUUCCAGGGGUAUCGAUAUGACGGCCUGUACACGGUCGAAGAUUAUUGGUACGAGAAAGGGCCUCAAGGAUUCUUUCAAUGCAAGUUCAGGCUUGUCGUAUGUCACAUGCACGCCCUUUUCUCCGUCGCUUGUUCUCAUCUUUCUGCCGAAGCGCAAGCCGGAUCAACGUCCUCUGCCCAAGCCUCGCCCUCUGCCAAAGGGUCGAGGAACAUUCUAGUCAAUGAUGGGAACACCUUAUGAUACUACUCCAUUUAUUCCAUUUCUCCUCCAUCUUUUCCACGCGGAUAAUAAUUAUUUGAACCCAUGUUGUCACUGUAGUUUGUAGCAAUACCGUUAUUCAGUUACUUAGGUGAGAGGAGCCUCCUUCACCUUGUUUUCACUACUCAUCAUCAGUCCAGUCUGCAUCUCUCAUACAUAUCUAUGUCAAACUUAAAUUGACAGUAUCUUUGGAGUCACACCUCGGUAAAAGAUAACCGGCGAAAACCUGAUCUAUAGCAUCCUGGCGGAAGGACCUAGAUCACUGUGGUACCAUCGAUACCAAAACGAUGUGGAAGGUCAAAAGUUGUAGCAAGCCUCUGCUCAUACUCGGCCG